UAAAUAUAAUAUCAAACGAAUUUAGUGAGUUUUGGUUAUUUGGAAAAUAAUGUUUAUUAUGAUUAACAUCAAAACAACAGAAAAACUAAAGACUGCCUUAAUACUAAAUAUACAUAAAACAUUCUUAUGGCAACACUGACAUAAACAGCUGUGUACAUUAUUUUGUUUACAAUCUUCCAAUUUGUGAUGAGCUAUGAGCGUGAAAAUUUUCCUGCCGACUUUUCUUUUCCACACGAAAAAAGACUGUGACAUAUAUGGAGAAAUACAAAUCAAUGAAAAUAAUGCAGUUUCCUAUUUUAUUAUUGCGCAUCGCGAUUAUCAAAAUGACAACACAUCGACGCUUUCCACUAAAAGCUUACGACACUUGGGCCACAUAGUGCGUGCCGGUCCUACAUCAGCCAUACAACAUCGAGAUGUUGCAGUAAGCUUUGCUUACGACAGUGAAACGCCAAAUAUUUAUUUGCUUAAAUUAAGCAUAAAACCGCCGGAGACGACACAAGUAAAUGUCUUCCUUUACGAUGUGCCAAAAAUGUUACAGCUAUACGAAAAUAGCGUCAAUUAUGAGGCUAAAGGGCAACCAGCGUCUACUGAAGGAAAUGAUAAGGAAGCGUCUGAUGAAUGCAACGACGUUGUAUUGUUGUGCCGUCUGUUAAAUGAAACUCGUCAACAAAAUGCAGUGCAUAAAAGCACGAUAUACAGUAUUCUACAAAAAUUCAUAUUUUUACUGCCGAAUUUAAUAACAUUUAUAUUAAUACUAUUGCUGGAGUGUAAGCCAUGUAAAACAUUUAUGGAAAAAACAUCGAUUUACAUACACUAUUUGGAGUGGCGUAGAUUGUGUGAAACUAGAAAACGUAAACUAAAUAUAACGGUGGACAAGAUACUUGGAGUUAGUGUAAUGAUUUUCUUACUCUUUUACGUUUCACAUCCCGGUGAUUACCUGCUAACAACCUCACACUGGGUCAUACAAAAACUGCGCUUGUUACUACGUUCACUUAAAGGCAGUCCCAUUGGCUUGAAGCUGAAUGAACACCUCAACAAUUUCCUGCUCGAUUGUUUCAAUUAUCAUGUCGAUUUGUGGGCGAAGUUUUUGGAUCUAAUAGAACCCAUUGUGCGACAACUUUUCGUGCCCAUUGCCAUGCUUGGUUUUAUAGGCAUAUCCUUUCAGUUAGCAUCUUUGCCGGUGUUGAUGUCAAUAAUCGGCUUGCAUGCGCAUUGUUUUUAUAUUUACACAGCAGUAUUGUACAAAGUGGAGAUCAGAGGUAUACAAGUGCUUUGGAAGGUGAUGCUCGGCAAGCGUUACAAUGUGCUUAAGAAUCGCGUAGAAUCACAUAACUAUGUAAACCGGCAGUUAUAUCUAGCGACUAUAUUCUUUACAUCGCUGCUCUUUCUAUUUCCAACUGUAUUGGUUUACUAUGUGGUUUUCACAACGUUGCGUCUUUGUAUCUAUCUCGUAAAUUUAGUCGUCGAAGUUUUGCGCCGCAAAAUUUUAGAAUUCCCUCUCCUGAGUCUACUAAAGUGGUCUGUGGGUCAAUUUUAUGAUAUGGAAAGUAUACAUAUCGCUCAUAUACCACAUUCGCCGUCACCUUUGUUGCAACCGCAGAGUACUCAAAUGUGUAUGUCCGUUUUCAAAUUGAGCAUACAAAAAUCGCCAUUAAGUCGGGUGUUCUCAUGUGAAAGUGGAAUCCUGCAAGAAUUUAAAUCGGAUGAGAAGAUGUCAAUUAAAAAUGCAUUUACACGCAUGCUUCAAGGAACAUUUUAACAUUGUUAGUAAACUCGGAUAUUAAUUAAUAUUGCAUCAUGUUAUGUUUUAAAACAAAAAGUUGACAGUAUAUUGUUCAAAAAUUGAAUAAUUCUUUAAUAAAAAUCGGUUUACAUUUUA